CGGGUUUGUAUGCGGGAGAAAGUUAUUUCAUCCCAGUCAUCACCUCCGAACACUUUAACCCCUCCACCAUGCGUUGGGUCUGCUAUUGUCCGAAGGCCCUUGUGCCCGCGCCAAAUUCCUAGCUGUCAUUGAACAAACUAACCGACAGACCUCCCAAAAUUUCCUUUCAAGCAAACUUUCCCACCAUGGAUUCACCACCCCUCAAGCCGAAGCCCGCAAUCCCCUCCCACCUCACCAAUGCCCCAUCACCUCUUAGUACCUCCACUGAAGCUCGAGACAGGAAAGAGAGGGAUACUUUGUACGCUGCCAUCGAAUCCUCAAGCCGUGGCCGCCAGGCCGUCAACUUCGACGGGCCGAAUGGGCAAUUCAAGCCGUCAAGCUCGAAUAUGGACAGUCUGGCCCUCAAUUGCAAGCAUAAGCCUAUUUGCAAUGAUAUUGACGAGGAGACUUGGAAGGAGGACAGUGCCGCACCUACGCCGCUUGCCACGAGCCGUGCACAUAGCCCAUAUACCCAACACCCCACCAUAGACUUUGACGGACUCAGCUGGCCUAGCCGAGGCACUCGGAAGAGGAAGGAAGCGACCGAACAACAAAAGGAAGAGCGACUCACGAAGUUGGCAGGAGCUGUCAGGACAAUCCUCGAGUGUGUUGGCGAAGACCCUGACCGAGAAGGGCUGCUUGAUACUCCAGAGCGCUAUGCGAAGGCGCUGUUGUUCUUCACAAAGGGGUAUGAGGAAAACCUGCGUGACAUCGUGAACGGGGCCGUCUUCCACGAGGACCAUGACGAGCUGGUUAUUGUUAAGGACAUCGAAAUAUUUUCGCUAUGCGAGCACCAUCUGGUACCAUUCACGGGCAAGAUGCACAUUGGGUAUAUCCCCAAUCGCCGAGUGAUUGGAUUGUCCAAGCUCGCCAGAAUCGCGGAGAUGUUCUCCCGCAGACUCCAAGUCCAGGAACGACUAACGAAGCAAGUCGCACUCGCGCUGUCUGAGAUGCUGCAGCCCCAAGGCGUCGCCGUGGUGGUAGAGUCAAGCCAUCUUUGCAUGGUGAUGAGAGGAGUUCAGAAGACUGGGGCAAGCACAGUCACCAGCUGCAUGCUCGGUCGCAUGCGGUCAACCGCAAAAACUCGAGAGGAAUUCCUGAACCUCAUUAGUAGAGGAUAGAGAGUAUGCUUUUCUGAUCUGUAUUGCCAUGCAUGUCAUUCACGACCGGCGUUGAAUGGGUGCUCAUCCACUGGUAAGGUAGGCGGUAUUGGCAUAUCCUUGGUUAGAUUAGAUGCAUUUCCGCCUUCAACAGGCACUUGGUGAUGAAAACCACCGUCACACUCAAUCACUUCACUGACAGUUC